AUGACGCGACUGAAUUUCAACGAUGUCGCCAAGCACACAUACACAGACUACAACAACAUUCCCCAUAUACAGGCUUCCGCCACUCUCUUUUGUGAUAUACCUGUAUUUUAUCAUCGCUGGUCGAUGUCCAACUUCCGUUGCUGGGGUUAUCUGAGACGACGGGAUCUUUUCCAAGUGUCCCGCGUGUCCCGCGUAUUCUGGUACACCUCAAGAUCUAGGAUAUUUCAGUCGCUCACUGUCACCCUCCCCUCUCCGGGGAUGCUCCCCCCCAGCCACAAUCUGGACCGUCUCUCAACGAACAAAGUUCUCAAGAUGCUUGAGCGUUUCUAUUCAGAUCCAAGUGCUAGUGAACUCUGGUACAUGGUUCAAGACUGGACAAUUGCAACUGCGCCGGCGAUCAGGAGCAACAUCCGCUACUUUGUUCGCUCGCAAGAGAAGAACCUGGCCACGAGAUCGGUCGAUGACAUCUUUCCGUUUGUGUCGUGCAGUCCUAAUCUUCGCUCUCUCGAACUUGUCCGCAUGAACCUUGGAAGGCAACAAUGGAUCAUUAUUGAGUCGCUACCUGUACUAGAGACUCUCAGACUCAUCUCAUGCCUCUUCCCGCCUUCAUCUCACUUGGAGCGCCCACUCAAACUAAAGGAACUUGCAAUCGCUGGAGACAGCUUCGGUCCCCGUUCAAUUGAAGAACCGUUGGUUUCUGUGCUCUGUAACCCAGCCUAUCUAGAAAAACUCACCCUCAUCGACUUUCUUAUCACCCACACUAUACUAGCAGCCCUUUCGUCUAUGGCGCCCUUCCACCACCUCACAUAUCUAAGCAUAUUUGUCACAUCUCCGAGUGGCGACCACUUCUUCAGAUUCCUCUCAGCAAUACCCACCCUAGCAACAUUGAGGAUUUUCCCCUGGUCUGCAAACAUCACGCCGCCUCACCCGUUGCCAGCCCUGUCUUUCCUUCGGUCUUACGACGGCUACCCAAACCUGCUUUCGUACAUCGUGCCUGGACGACCAGUCGAUUGUGUUUGCCUCGUGCUCAUGAUGGUCACCACAAAUGACGAUCAACCAGGUUAUGCCAUCCAUUCCGACCUGGUCUCGACCGUGCGCGACAUCUCACUUUCCGCAGUUCCAGUCAGGAAACUAGCAAUCGAGUAUUUUCUGCCCACUUUAGAUAACCUCGCCGCCAUCGCGAAGCAUCUUCCACAUCUUCAUCACCUGGACUUAGGCCUUAUCUCGGGGCCCCCGCCGCUAACACCCGUCAGUGUUGUAUUUAUCUUCACACUGCAGUUUCGUUGAUACUUUUAUAUGUGCACAGGAAGAAAUUCAUCGCCCUUUCCGAGUCAAGUUCUGAGUUCAGCUUCAACCAUGCUGGUGAACUACUUGAUACUGUGGACACCAUCCAGGUACGUCGAAUCGCAACUAAGGCCAUGCCCUCACGAAACUCUUUUCAGGGCCUUCUGAGUUGGCUGGCGGAGGGUCGUGCCCCACUUCCGCCCAAGCUGGUGACACUUCGGCUAUCACAUAGUUCGACAGAAAACGAGGACGUGCAGUGUGUGGAAAGUAUCAAGCAACUGGAACUCGUUAGUUGCUUGCAUAGUAGGUAUCCGAGACUGUGCGAGGUCGAGAUGGGAGGAUGCCGUUGGUGGAGAGAGGGUGUGCAUUGGUCGCGGGAGAUACUUGAUUUUGAGGAAACAUAGAUCCUUGUCACAUGCGUAUAGGGCCGCAUGUACUUCAGAUUACACGACAGGAUACAAUACACUGUCAGACAUUCUAUUACCACUCCUGACAAACUAUCC